GCUUCCAGACCAAAACACCACUCACUCUUUCUCUUCUCUUUCUUUUCAUUUCAUUCAUUUCCUCUUUCAAACAAACCAAACCAAAACACUUACUCACUGACACAACAUCCAUCCACAAAUGUUGGAGACCGAACCCACGCCCACACCCACGUGGGCGCGCGUGUGCGACACGUGCCGCUCCGCCGCCUGCACCAUCUUCUGCCGCGCCGACUCCGCCUACCUCUGCGCCGAGUGCGACUCGCGCGUCCACGCCGCCAACCGCGUGGCGUCGCGCCACGAGCGCGUGUGGGUCUGCGAGGCCUGCGAGCGUGCGCCGGCGGCGUUCCUCUGCAAGGCCGACGCCGCCUCCCUCUGCUCCUCCUGCGAUGCCGACAUCCACUCCGCCAACCCCCUUGCCAGCCGCCACCAUCGUGUCCCCAUUCUCCCCAUCUCCGGCAACCUCUACGGCCACCAUGUUCACGUGGCAGACAACGACGACGACGACGAUGAAGAAGAUGGUGCUGACGUGGAAGACGAAGACGAAGCUGCUUCUUGGCUCUUGCUUAACCCUGUGAAGACUAAUAGUGUCAACAACAAUAACACUCAGCAGAAUAAUGGGUUCUUGUUUAGUGCUGAAGUUGAUGAGUAUUUAGACCUUGUUGAUCAUUGUAACUCUUCUGCUGAUGCUGAUGCCGAAAAUAACCACUUCACUGUUGCUGCUACUACUGAUCAUUACACUCAUCAUCAUCAGCAGCAUCAGCAUGAUCAACUAUUUGGUGGGGUUUCUCAGAAGAGCUAUGCUGGGGACAGUGUGGUUCCUGUUCAGCAACACCAUCAAGGGCAACAUUUUCAACUUGGUUUUGAGUUUGAGUCCUCUAAAGCUGCUUUCAGUUACAAUGGUUCCGUUAGUCAAAGUGUUUCAGUUUCAUCCAUGGAUGUUGGUGUUGUACCAGAAUCAACAAUCCGGGAUGUCUCAAUUGCUCAUUCAAGACCUCCCAAAGGGACAAUUGACCUAUUUUCUGGACCUCCGAUUCAGAUGCCUUCCCAUCUUACUCCAAUGGAUAGGGAAGCCAGAGUCCUAAGGUAUAGGGAGAAAAAGAAGACAAGAAAAUUUGAGAAGACAAUUAGGUAUGCCUCAAGGAAGGCCUAUGCAGAGACUAGACCCCGCAUAAAAGGUCGAUUUGCCAAGAGAACAGCUGUAGAAGCAGAAGUGGAUCAAAUGUUCUCCACAACACUAAUUACAGAAGUUGGAUAUGGCAUUGUUCCCUCUUUCUGAAUAUGCUGUCAUGAACAAUUGGCCAGAAGACAGGGAAGAAGAUAGAGGAUCAUGAUCAAUAGCAAUGGCUACCACUAUGUACUAAUUACUAAGUUAUUUUGCUGAUAUUGUAUUUUUUAUAUAAUCUAAUUACUUGCAGCUGCACUAAUUAGAUGCUUUAUUGUUGUUUUCUUUUGAAUGAGACUUCUAUUUGUAAAUACAGUCUUUAUAUUAAUUAAAUUACAGUCAACAUGUCUUUGGAAAA